CGGUCGGAGCGGCGCCGGGAAUGACCUGGAGUCUCUCGCCUGGACUGGCGCUCAAGGAGCCGGCGGCGGCGCGAGGGGCGCCCCCUUGUUGGUCAUGCGGAGCGCCUGGCUGGGGGCCCUGCUCCUGCUGGUCGCGCCCUGGAGCUGGGGGGCCAUCCUGGUCGCGGAAGGACAACCAACUGGAUUGCAAGUGUGUAAAUUUGAGUGUACCGUAUUCACCUCUAAAAUCCCCUUAAAAUUACUGCAAAGCUAUGAGAAGACAACAUGUGGGAAGCCUGCUGUGCUACUUACCACCCAGAAAAAUAAAACUUAUUGUGCUAACCCAAAAGACAAGUGGGUGCUGGAUGCAAUGCGUGAACUUGAUGCAAAGAAAGCCCUUCUUACAGGUGACAAUUUAGUGAAAGACGACUCUGGUCAUUUUGACAAACUCUUGAGAAGUGCAGUCCCUGUGUCAGCUCAAGCUGGGCAUUCAGCUUACCCCACAAAAACAUUCAGCACAGCUGCCUAUGAAAUGUCAACGUUUUCUGUUACAAGAGCAGAAGAUCCCAAGGCUUCUGCAGACAGUACCACUUUGGCGGGGCCACUGGCUUCAAAACCUUCUACAGGCUUCACUUCUAAACCAGAAGUAAUUGUCUCCAGAACUACCGUGCAGCCUGAAUCUCUCACAAAUAGAAGCACCCCUGCUUAUUUCACUAGUGGACCAAAGAGCUUUGGGGAAGGACUUGCUCCAGUUGGGAAAGGCCUGGCGAAUACCAGUGGAUCAAUGAGGGACUUAGUGGUACCACUUACAUCUCUAGGUACCAAUGUAACAGAGUCUUUUGAUGAGGAGGAUCACAAGGUGUCUCCUACACAAUCAACACUCCAUUCCUCCAGCACUAUAAUAAAUCUACUUAAGAAAAAUUCCACAUCAGAUGACAGGCUCCUGCCUUCCUCUAAUCAACGGGGUUCAACAAUAAAACAAGUGACGGAAAAUUCAGCUGUUGGUAUCUCCACUGUGCCCCAAAGAGUGGACUUCACUAGUCCCCCUGGCACACAUGCCAGCACUACUGGAAGCAAAACAGACUCUAUUAAAAACAAGAGUGACAUUGUGAGUGUUUCUGGGGAGGAUACAGAAGCCCCUUCAUCUACUCAAGCAAACAGAGAUGCUUUUACUAAAUCUUCAGGUACUCUGUCACCUUCAGGUCUCCAUGAGGAACAGUUUAUGAUGAAGAGCAGAGGCGAAGCCAUGACACCAUCUCCAGAAGCCCCCUUGCCCUUUUUGCCUGAUGCCCUGGCUAAAUACCGAAGUCACAUCAUUUCUGUGGUUUUCCUGGGGUUUGCCUUCUGUAUCUACUUGGCUAUCACGGGAGUGUGUGCAAAGAGCCACAUUUGGACCCGAGCAUCACCUAUAGAAAUGGUACGAGGAGUGACUUACUCUAAAAUUGACCCUCAGUCCAGUGCCUAUGACAUGCAGGUUCUUUGACUGGCUCAAGUUUUCAGCUAAGUGUCAGGGCUCAUGCAACAGGCAGUGUUCUGGCCAACCAGACAGGUCUUAUAGCAAGUUAGAUAAUUGAUCUAUCGGGGCAGUCUUGUCUACUGUGACUGGCAUCGGCUCUCCAGGGUCUGUGGUAGAUGUCUUUCACAUCACCUGGUCCUUUCAAGUGGAGAUGCCAAGGUUUGAACCUGGAAUUUUCUGCAUGCCAAGCAGAUUCUCUACCACUGAGCUAGGGCCCAAACAGCUUAGUUGCAGCCCAUGGAAGUAUUCUUCUUGCCCUCAUUGGAUAUAGAAGCUGUCGGUGUCUAAGGGUUCAAAACAUAGGCGGAGGGGAUUGGGUCACAGCAUAGAUUUGGAGAUGUAUGCUUAGUGUUUGCAAACUCUUGAGACUGAGCACUUGCACCUUGAAAUAUUUGUGCCUAGGAGGGGAGAAAGAAAAUGUGCUAUGGUAUGGUGGAGAAGGUACAAAUUCUGAAGCAAUGUUAAGUGCCUAAUGUGCUUUUGCAGUCUAAUCUAUGGUGAUGUUUUCUAUUGUCUUAAUAAAAAUAAAACCCUAA